AUGUCCGAGGAACGGCCAGGGAGCCACUGCGGGGAGGUGGCGCGCGAGGGAAAGGGGCGGGGGCGCGGGGAGUCUGGCCUCAGCGACGACCUCGCCGUCCCCUCCACGCAGGGAGGGGCCGCUGCAGGUGACUUCGAAACAAUUAAAACCUGUGAUGUAGGAGUCUCUCUACCAUUGGAUGAAAAUUUGACUGUGACUUCCCCUGAGACCUGUUCCAUUGGCACUGAGCCUUGGAGACCUAAGGAAGCUCUGGAUGAGGAUGGUACUAUUACCAACAAGGCAGACAUAGUUGCCUUUGGCCUUACUCGGUGGGAAGUGCUGACUUUACCUAUCCCACACACCAAUCUUCCAGAUGAUGACGACGAUGAUAAAACUUUUGAUGAAGGUGACUUUGAUGACGACGCAUACCAUGCAGCUUUGGGAACAAGGCCGCCUAUUGAUGUGGAAGAACUGGAUGAAACGUACCAGAGGGUAACUGAGCUCUUCUCCGCGUGCACUGAUGAAGAUCCUAAAAGUUGUCCUUCGGCCGCCCACACUGUGGAGGCCUCAGAAAUGAUGUCCCGUGGUCACGUCAAAUGCAUGACUACUGGAGCCUCGAGUAUGGCUCCAGCGGCUCUGUUUAUCAGGAUACAUUUAUGUAGCUGUUAUGAUGAUCCAUAA